CAUCACUUCAUAGAAACACAUUCACAGCACUCGUACUUUACGGCACAGGAGAAUCCUGCAGACCUGUGAAGAGAAGGCGGAUGUUAUGUGAGUGACACACCGAGACACCGGAAGGAGAGACUGCCUUUCCUUCCCAGGUCUGCUGUGUAUGAGGGUCUCCACCCAGAGGUCAGGGUGUACAUCGGAGUCCAUGCUUUCCUAGAUCAUGUCCCUUGUAAGGGAUCUGCAUUUGGCUGCGAAGAAUCACCUUGAACACAGGAAGAGAUCGCAGGCCCUGAAACUUGCCGCUGAAAUUCUGUUUGUAGACUGUGGACUGAAGAAUGGUUUUCUAUAUGAUCUCGGUGGAGCAGGUGUGGUACAAAUUCAGGGAUACCUUAAGGAGCUUCAUCAGUUGGGCUUCAUAAAGGGGCCCCUUCAUGUUCUUAAUAUGGCAGACACUGUUCUUAUUCUAAAUAUUUCAAGCACUGUGUCUUAUCUAGGAUUGGUACUGGACAGGGAAGAUUUACAUGUAAUAGAUGUUUCUUCCCAACUCAAGCAUCCAGAGAUGUUAAACCAAGAUGGACUUUACCAGAUCAGGUCCCAGCUUUCAGACCUCCUGACACUUCUGAAGUCUUAUCAGGAUGUAAAGCCUGGCAGUAUAUCCGUAGCCCACAUUCCCUGUUCGGAGUGGAACCUCUGCACCAUGUUUGGUUUUCUUCUGCACUUCCCUGUUGUCUACUGGUUUGACACCUCAAAAAGCUUUGAGAAUUGCUUAUCUUUCACACCACUCAAACAUUAUACAGUUCAGACUACAUGCCCUAAAGUUGGACUCCAGAAAAUACAAGUUUAUUCUUUCACCAUUCCAGAGUCUGUCUAUCAGUCUGUACAAACACUUCUGCAGGCGUGGAUCAAGGGCCUCAGACAGAUGUUUCAUGUGCAAGGCCACUUCACAGACCUUGAAAUUAUCACAGAAACUGUAACGCUACCAGCUGUUGCUCUAUGACUCAAUGUGUGAACAUUAUGCAUUUUCAAUCUGUAAUCGGUCCAUCCCAUUAUGUAUUUGCUUUACUAUUGUACUGCUAGAUUUUCUGUCAACAACAUGAACUAUUAAUGCUAAUCAAAGUACAGCCUCCUUUUAAAAUGUCCUGCCUGUUAAAGAGGUUUGGUAUAUAUUUUUUCCUUUAUUAUAUCAUUAUAGUCAGGUAAAUAUAUAUUUCCUAUUUCGUUGUCAGCGAUAAGGCAGAACUGUACACCUCCCUUCACAUGUUUCUAUCGGCUAUCCCUGUCUUGUUUUUUCUUUUCGAGCAAAACACAAUUUAGAGUUCAUUAGCUCAAGCUGAAUUUUACACUCACAAAUUAAUGAGUUGGGAGAGGUUGGACACAGGGACAUUCCCCCAGCAUCCCAUUUAGAUUUUGUCUGAUAAAGCCUAACACGGGGGACAAACUACCCUUGUAGCAUCCACCAUUCACAACCCUCCCCCAGCUUGCAAGGGCUAAAUGCAUUUUUUUUUUGCCCAUGAAUGCAGCAAUACGGUGUAAUACUUUAUUUCUUGCUCCAGCAGGGUCCUUCCUGUACUGCAACCAAUCCUGCAAAACUUCCUCUCCAAGAUGCUCCCAAGGCACAGUAAAGGGCUGGGUCCAUAUCAUCACUGUGUCCUCAUACGUGAAUGGGCUGCCUGCAAGCAGCUCAUUCACAACGUAUGAGACUUACAAUAUGCAGCAGAGGGGAUGCUUUGCUUAUUUUGUGUUGAGCUGUUUAGAUUAUUUUUUUAAGCUUCCUUCCACAUAUAUUGAUAAUGAAAUUUCCCCAAAAAAAUAGGCGGGACUUUUCAGGUUCAAAAAGUGUACAAACACCUAAAAGUGGCAGUAAAAUGUAAGCAUUUUAUUAGUAUCAAAAUUUAAAAAAAUAACCAAAAAAUAUGAAUAAAUACAAUAUAUUUGCGUAAAACAAAAAGUAGAAGGGCCACAAGGAGCAAAUACAGUAGGUCACUAGGCAAUGAUUUAAUCGAUGUGUAAACCUGACACCAACAUGUUAUGGAGUUUUAUACGCUCCUUCUUCAAGGUAGCUUUAAACUGUUUUAGUAAAUUUCCUCUUUAAAACAAAACACAUUCCCAAAUGUCAUAGUGUAUGCAUAAAGCAGGAAAGAAUAGUAAGAGAACAAGGAAAAGAGGGGUAAAAGAGAAGGGGUUACUCACAUUGCCAGAGAGUGGAAACACACUUGAGUCUGCAGCUACUUGCUCUCUCUGCCCUCUCUAUAUAUUAUCCAUUUAUAUCUUGUACGUAUAUACUUGUCCCCCCCCCCCCCUUACUCUUCUUGACCCUGCAGCAUUGUUUUUACUCAAUUGGCCGGCGUUGUGUGUGUCCACUUUCUGGCAAUGUGAGUAACCCCUUCUCUUUUGCCCCUUUUUUCCUUGUUCCCUUCUUUCUUGCUUUAUGCAUACACACAGCCCUCCAAAAUGAGGGCUGGCGAGGAGCUGGGCUGCCUGGGGGAGGGGGGGCGCGGACCACCAGUGGACGGGGGUGAUCGGGAGCAGUUUUCCCAGCGGAAGAGAGCAUGGAGUUAGAGGAGAGCCACGGGAUCACCGAGCGGUAUAGCGCGCUGUUACAACUUGCAUUGAAAUUGUCUCCGCUCUGCUCACUCUCACAAAGCCUCUCCUCCUCCUAGCCCCGCGCCUGCAAUAGACAGGAUGCGGGUACAAUUUUGGGAUGUGUUCUGUCUAUCACAGGCUCCGGUUCAGGAGGAGGCAGGACUGUGU